UCAUUUCCUGGCCCCGGCCCUCCCCCGGCCGCGCUCCGCGCCCGGGGCCCGGCCCAGCGCGGCGGGUCGCGGUGCCCCCGGGGAGCGGCGGCCCGGCCCGGCCCGGCGCGGUUCGCUCCCCGCCGCAGCGCACGGAGCAGCAGGGAGUGAGCGGAGGGGGACGGACAUUUUGUGGGGCCGGCGCGGCUCCGCCCGGCGGGGCGGGACCAGCGGCCGCCAUGGCGGAGUGGGGCCGAGGGCCGAGUGCAGGAGCCGCGGAGGAUGUGCUGGACGUGGAGAACAAGCGCAUGGCAGACAGCCUGGCCAGCAAGGUCACCCGGCUCAAGACGCUGGCGCUGGACAUCGACAAAGAUGCUGAGGAGCAGAACCGUUACCUGGAUGGCAUGGACUCGGACCUGCUGAGCGUGACCGGGCUGCUCACGGGCAGCGUGAAGCGCUUCUCCAGCAUGGCGCGCUCGGGCAGGGAGAACCGGCGCCUGCUCUGCUCCGUGUCAGCUGGCCUCAUCGUGGUGUUCGUCAUCCUCUACUACCUGGUGGCCAAAGCAGGGACUUGAGCUGUUCUGUGGGUUUCACACGACAGGAAACACAGUGACUGACAGACCCCGUUCAACGCCUUCCUUGGUCUGCCCCGUGGUGGAGUCCUUGAGGUGUUCCAGACAGACCUUCCAAAUAACUUCUCUUUCCACCAGCUUCUCGUCCUUGUUCUGCUGGUCUCAGACGUCUCUUUAUAAGAUUAUGUGAUUCUAAAUGGAUUUUCAUGUAUAACACAUCCUGAUGUUGUUAAAUGCUUUAACAUCUUUAUCUCUUGCUUUGUUGGCCGUGGCUCACAGCCUGUUUUUAAAGGCUGCUUUUGUGUUACCUCCCUACUGACACUCGGUGCUAGGCUUGUGAGGAGAUGUGGCUCCAGAGACUCAGAUGCUCAGAAACCAGCUGCUCUCAGCUUCCCCUUGGCCCAAAGACCUGUUGAUAGUCGGGGUUCCUGGCUUGAAAUGAAGUCUGCGCUGCUUUGAAAUGAAAUUAGCAGUAGAUUUGCACCCUGAUAGUCCCCAGUUGUUGCAGAGGAGCAAAACUUGAUUUAAAUGCUAGCUCUGUCACCUCUAUCAGCCCUCUGGGCAACACUGGGGAUGAGCCCUGCAAGAAAGGAGGGCCAGAGCCCAUAGCCCACCUCGGUUUGCACACAUACAGUAUCUUCCAGUCCCUUCCACACAGCUGGAAACACACUCCCUUAACUGUAAAGCAGUGUUAAGAGAAUCUGAUGGCAGAAGGUCCAGUUCAGUUCAGUCGUUAUGGUGCACUUUGGGUAGAUGUUGUGCAGAGGUUGAGGUCAAGUGAAACUCCUGCACGGUGCCGCUGGGGUGGUGGGAGGUCACGGAAGGACUGGAUCAGAGGGUGGGUUUGUUUCUCUGUUCAUGGAGAAGGUACCCAGGCUUUGCCUUUCACAGAACUCUGGGAUGCUGCCUGCAGGGCUCGUGGCACAUCCCUCCCGUCCCGUCUCAGAGCUGUCGCUCCCGCAGUGGUGCCGGUUUCCUCUCCCGAGGUGCUGCACGUGGCUCUGGGAGUGCGGGAGCUGGGACCGCUCCUUCCCGUCACCCCCCCAGCCUUGCCCUGGGCUGGUCACUCACACCACGGCCCCAGCUGAGUUCUUCAUAGCUGUUAUCUCAGUCUGCCCAUGACUGAAGCAAUUGCUCUGUAGCUGUCAAGUGCUGUGCCGGUUGGGAGAAAGGAUGUAAAACCAACCACCCUCCGCUGCCUGCUGUGUAAGUGCUGCUGUGUCCCACCCUGGCUCUUUCUGUACCCACUGCUCACGUGUUCUGGUUUUCCUUUGAGAAAGUCCCUGCUGAUUUGCUCUGCAGGACUGAGGCUUUACUCCUCUGACAUUCCAGCCCUUCUCCUCUCCAGCAAGCCUGUGUUCACCAGCGGGGGGAUGUUUCCUUUGGCAUCCCCUUGCACCCAUUAGGAAUUCCCUUGUCCUUGGACUGACCCCGCUCCAGAUCCAUAAGGGGACAGUGUUGUCCGUUGUUCCAGCUGUACCAGACUGUGCCCAGACACUGCACUGGCUGGAUUGGGUGUCUUCAGGCUUCUACCUUUGGGAAGUGCACAGGGAAGGCCAAUAAGAAGGAGGCAGCAGUGACUUUCUCUGGUCCUUCCUCCUGCUUCUCUGGUGAGAUGUGGCAACUCCCAACUCUUUCCAUUUGGAAGAACAACGGGUGAACUGAUGGACUUUGAGUUCCUGAAGCAGAAGGCUCCUGAUGAAAGGCCAUGGCACAGCCUGGUCCUCAUGAUGCUGGUGGGUUUGUUUGCUUCUACUGUUGCAAAUAAAGCUCUGGGUUUAGAAUCUU